AUGCAACCAAUCACCCUCUACUCACACCCCAUCGGGCCCAACCCGUGGAAGGUCGCCCUCAUCCUCUCGGCCCUCCACCUCCCCUACGAGACCGUGAUGGUCGACUUCGCUGACGUCAAGAAGUACCCUUACAUGGAUCUCUGCCCCAACGGCCGUCUCCCGACCAUCAUGGACCCCAAUCAGAACAACCUUACCCUGUGGGAGUCCGGCGCGAUUGUUAACUACCUGAUCGAAACCUACGACUCAAGCCAUCAGCUCAGCUACGAGACUCUCCCGGAGCGCCACCACCUUCAGCAGUGGCUGCAUUUCCAGGUCUCCGGGCAGGGGCCCUACUACGGGCAGCUGGGGUGGUUCCAGCGGCAGCCCGAGCGGGUGCCGCUUGCGAUCGAGCGGUAUGCGGCGGAGGUGCGGCGGGUGAUGGGGGUGCUGGACCGCGCUCUGCAGGGCAAAGAGUGGCUGGUCGGGGAGAAGUGCACGUUUGUGGAUCUGUGCUUCGUGCCGUGGCAGGAGCUGGUGCCGUUCAUGGUGCGGGAUGAGGGGGUGGUUCGGGAGCUGGAGGAGCAGUAUCCCAAUGUAAGGGCGUGGAUAAGGCGGAUGAAAAGGAGGGAGGAGGUGCAGAAGGUGUUGCAAGAGAAGCGGGAGGCGAUGGAGCAGGAGCAGUCAAGGUAG